AGUAGAAUAUCCUGAGGCGUAUUUGUGUUUUUGCUGUUGUUGUGAUGUGAUGUCAUAGUUAUAUGCGUUUUUUUUUUUGGUAGAAAGUCAUAGUUAUAUACGAUUGGUUUUUGCUGAAUCUAGAUUCUUCUUUUCUUCAUUUACAAAAAUCCGUCUCAAAAUGAUUUUCUCCCACACAUAUAUCAAUCGUUCGGCUCAAAAACCCUGAAAUUCUCUGCUGUUCAGGCCUCAAUAAUUCAAUUUCGAGUGAUCGAAAAGAAGGAGAGAGAGAGUAGAGAAAAAUAUGGAAGAAACAAUUGCUUCAAGGUAUUGGUGCCACAUGUGCAGCCAAGAAGUGAAUCCGAUCAUGGAGGUUGAGAUCAAAUGCCCCUUUUGCCAGAGCGGAUUCGUUGAAGAAAUGAGCAGCAUUGAUAGUAGUAACAACAACCCCAAUCCGGAGGGUGGUCGCAAUGCAGAUUUUUCCGACUCUGAUUUCGGAUCUGAUCGCGCCCUUUCGCUCUGGGCCCCAAUCCUUCUCGGCAUGAUGGGUCAUCCCCGUCGCCGGAGGAGAUUUAGGCGGCUAGAUUUUGACGACUACGACGACCAUGAUGUUGUGGAUGAUGGGGAGAGUGAGGAUCAUGGUGGAGAGACUGAGUUGGAUAGAGAACUUGAGUCCAUUAUAAGGAGGAGGAGGAGAAGCUCAGCUACAAUUCUGCAACUUCUCCAAGGGAUUCGAGCGGGAUUGGCUUCAGAAUCACAGAAUUCGGAGAGUUUUAGGGACGGAGAUAGGGAGAGAGAUGAAAGGGAGAGAGUAAUUCUGAUCAACCCUUUUAACCAGACAGUCCUUGUUCAGGGUCAGAAUGAGAAUCAGAACCCAAUUGGUUCAUUGGGUGAUUACUUUAUUGGACCUGGUUUGGAUAUGUUGCUGCAACAUCUGGCUGAGAAUGAUCCUAAUCGUUACGGGACUCCACCAGCGCAGAAGGAGGCUGUUGAGGCGCUGCCCACCGUGGCUAUCAAGGAGAAUCUGCAGUGCUCGGUGUGCUUGGAUGAUUUUGAGAUUGGUGCUGAUGCAAAGGAGAUGCCUUGCAAGCAUAAGUUCCAUAAUGGUUGUAUUCUGCCAUGGCUUGAACUUCAUAGCUCGUGCCCGGUUUGCCGGUUUCAGUUGCCAUCCAAUGAGUCCAAACGCGAUUCUGAUGGUACGAGGAAUGCGAAUGUGGAAAGGGCAAUGAAUAUGAUUAGCAGUGAAAACAAUAGUUCUGCUAAUGGUGGGGAUGAGGGUGAUGGAGAUGGUAGAAAUGGAAGUGGGAGAAGGUUUUCGUUUCCAUGGCCUUUUAGUGGUUUGUUUUCUUCCUCGGGAUCGCAAUCUAGUGGUGGAAAUUCAUCUUCUUCGUCAAAUGCAUCGGGAACUAGUGGUAGUGGAAGUUCUUCUUCUCAAGCAAAUGAGAAUUGAGUGAACAUUGGUUGGGUUAUUGCAUCAGGAGGUGGGGCCCAGUUGUUGGAGCAAAACCUUAUGAUAUUUAAUAUGGAGAUGGACUUUUUGAGAAAAAUCCCACGUGGGAUCUUGAGUCAUUGCAUGAAUCCCGUGGGUAACGAGAUAGAAACUUCUCGUGCCCACUAUCAAUGACUUGGAAAUAUGUUUUGAUAUAUUAGUCCUCUAAAAGAUGCCCAACUAAUGGAAAUGGACUAUCCCACAAGAGAAUAAUAUAAAUGUAACAUGGGAUGAUAUUGGACGGAUAACUCGAGUUUGAGAGGGUAUAGAUGAGACAAAUUGCAGGCCCCUUUUUUAUUUUUUUUGCUUAAAUCAUACGCUGCACCCCAUGUGAAUUGUCUACUUUUCAAUUUACUUUUGAUUGGUCUUAAGA